GUCACUCGGUCCCGGACUCAGCUGCUGCUCGGUCGACUCGUCUCCGGUGGUUCUCCGGUUCUGCUGAGCUCGUCUCCGGUGGUUCUCCGGUUCUGCUGAGCUCGUCUCCGGUGGUUCUCCGGUUCUGCUGAGCUCGUCUCCGGUGGUUCUCCGGUUCUGCUGAGCUCGUCUCCGGUGGUUCUCCGGUUCUGCUGAGCUCGUCUCCGGUGGUUCUCCGGUUCUGCUGAGCUCGUCUCCGGUGGUUCCCCGGUUCUGCUGAGCUCGUCUCCGGUCCUCCGGUUCCUCUCGUCAUGCUCCGGGUGCUUCUGUCCCUCUUGUGUGUCGCUCUCGCCUCUGGAGUUCUGGACUCACCGGACGUUCAAGUGAUCGACGUGCUGCGUCUCCAGGACUCCAGACAGAGCGCGGCCGCGGUGGACAAGCUGUCGGCCGCGCUGACCACGCUCAGCGACGUGUACGUGGUCUCCACGCUGCGGCUGCCGGCGAAGCUGGGCGGAGUCCUGCUGGGUCUCUACAGCAAACAGGACAACAGGAAGUACCUGGAGCUCGCCAUCAUGGGAAAAAUCAAUAAAGUCCUGGUCCGUUACGUCCGAGCCGAUGGGAAGCUCCACACGGUCAACCUGCAGAGCGCCAACCUGGCCGACGGGCGGACUCACUCCAUCAUCCUGAGACUUGGAGGUCUUCACCGCGACAGCAUGAACAUGGAGCUGUACGUCAACUGCCGAUUGGCCGAUUCCAGCCAGGGUCUACCGCCAUUGGUCCCUCUGCCCAGGGAGGCGGAGUGGGUGGAGAUAAGACACGGACAGAAGGCGUACGCCCGACUGCAGGGUGCAGUGGAGUUCCUCAGACUGGCUCUAGGAGGCAGUGUGGCUAAAGCUGGAGCUCUGACUGACUGUCCGUUCCAGGGAGACGGCUCCACCUACAACUCAGUGGUCGGGGACAUGAACUCCAUCCUGGGUGAACACACCAAGGCUCUGAUUGGUCAGCUCAUCAUCUUCAACCAGAUCCUGGGAGAGUUGCGACAGGACAUCAGAGAACAGGUGAAGGAGAUGUCUCUGAUCAGAAACACCAUCAUGGAAUGUCAGGUUUGUGGUUUCCAUGAGCCUCGCUCUCGUUGUUCUCCUAACCCGUGUUAUAAAGGCGUCUCCUGUGUGGACAGUCUUGAUUACCCAGGAUACACCUGUGGACCCUGUAAGCCAGGAAUGAGAGGCAACGGGACUCACUGUCAGGACAUGGACGAGUGCGAGCUGAAGCCAUGUUUCUCUCCUGACGCCUGCGUCAACACAAUCGGGGGGUUCAGCUGUCAGCCCUGUCCUCCUGGACUGUGGGGGGCGCCACUGGUUGGUACUGGACUGGACUACGCCAAGACACACAAACAGGAGUGUGUGGACAUUGAUGAGUGUGUCGACCUCCCUGACGCCUGCGUCUCAAACUCCGUCUGCAUCAACACUGUGGGUUCCUACAAGUGUGGCGGCUGUAGACCCGGUUUCCUUGGCAACCAGACUUCAGGCUGCUUCCCCAGGAGUUCCUGCGCUGCGUUGACCUUUGACCCCUGUGACACCCAUGCCCACUGCACCAUGGAGAGGAACGGGCAGGUUUCAUGCAGGUGUAACGUGGGCUGGGCCGGCAACGGGAACACGUGCGGCGUGGACACGGACAUCGACGGGUAUCCUGACCGCUCCCUCCCCUGCAUGGACAACAACAAACACUGUAAAAAGGACAACUGUGUGUUCACGCCCAACUCUGGUCAGGAGGACGCCGACAAUGACGGGAUCGGAGAUCAGUGUGACGAGGACGCAGACGGAGAUGGCAUCAAGAACGUGGAGGAUAACUGCCGAUUGGUUCCCAACAAAGACCAGCAGAACUCAGACAGUGACUCAUUUGGAGACGCUUGCGACAACUGUCCCAAUGUCCCCAACGGCGACCAGAAGGACACCGACAACAACGGACAGGGAGACGCCUGCGACCAGGACAUCGACGGAGAUGGGAUUCCCAACGUUCUUGAUAACUGUCCGAAAGUUCCAAACCCAAUGCAGACGGACAGAGACAGGGACGGCGUGGGAGACGCCUGCGACAGUUGUCCCGAGCUCAGUAACCCCAUGCAGACGGACAUCGACAACGACCUGGUCGGAGACGUUUGUGACACGAACCAGGACACGGACGGGGACGGACUGCAGGACAGCAGGGACAACUGUCCCCUCCUCCCCAACAGCUCCCAGCUGGACUCCGACAACGACGGCCUCGGAGACGACUGCGACCACGACGACGACAACGACGGCGUCCUUGACGACCACGACAACUGCCGACUCAUCGUGAACCCGAACCAGAAAGACUCUGACGCUAACGGCGUCGGAGACGUCUGUGAGAACGACUUUGACAACGACGCGGUGGUGGACUCGAUGGACGUGUGUCCAGAGAGCGCUGAGGUCACGCUGACAGACUUCAGGGCCUAUCAGACGGUCGUCCUGGACCCAGAGGGCGACGCCCAGAUCGACCCCAACUG